ACAAGAGCAGAUGAUGUGAUCAUGAACGACGACAUUCCCUUCGAUGAAAUCAGGGUUGUGCUCUCAAAUCCGGAUGGCAGAGAUGAGAUGCUUGGCAUUAUGAGUAAGGAUGAGGCCUUGGCCCAAGCAGAGGACAAGGGUCAAGAUUUGGUUUUGAUGAGUCCGGAUGCCAAACCACCUGUCUGCAAGAUCAUCAAUUAUGAUAAGCUGAGAUACGAGAACGAGAAGAGAGAGAAGAUGAAGAAGAAAAACUCUAAGAACGCAGAACUCAAGGAAGUGAAACUGUCAUACAAGAUUGAUGUGCACGAUUACGAAGUGCGAAAGAGGGCGACAAUAAAAUUCUUGACUAAGGGAGAUAAGGUCAAGGCUUCAAUCCGCUUCAAGGGCCGUGAGGUGGCCCAUCAGCGUUUGGCCGAGUCGACCUUCGCCAGGCUCAUGGAGGACACGAAAGAAUUUUCUACCGUCGAGAAGAAGCCGAUGAUGGAAGGUCGACAGAUGCAGAUGAUCCUCUGUCCUCUACCUGAGAUU